AACCCUGUCGCCAAGUGUGCCCAGAGGAGAGGGUCAGGGGGGCGGUGUCCGGGGAGGGCCUACCCGAGGGGGCCGGGAGGGGCUGGCCCGGCUGUGACCAGGGGGAGGAGCCGGAGGGGCGGGGCAGGGGGCGGAGCUGGGGAGCGGGCCAGAUUCGGUAGGGAGAGAGGGCGGAAGGCAGAGGGAGCCGGAGAAGGGAGAGGCAAAGGGAAGGCUGCCAGAGAGAUGUGGGGGGAGGGGAGUCUGGUGGGGGGAGGGGCAGGGAACCCGCUGGAGGAGGAGCUGGGAAGGGGGCUCGAGGGCGGGGUGUCCCUGCCUGGGGAAGCCCUGAGGGGGAGGGGCGAUGGUUUUGAGGUAGGGUUUUGGGGAGAGGAAGCUAGAGUCAUUUCCUGCUUCAGCAAAGACCCUCCUUGGAGGGCCUCCCCCCCCCCCCCGCCCCAGUUGCCCAGUAGUGACACUCACCUCCGCCCCUCGGCUGGCUCCUAUUUCGCCAGCUCCUGCAGUGACAGCUGGAGGGCCUGGGAGAUGAAGUUCCCGGCUCCCACCCGGGUCUUCCACUCUCCACCCCCCCCCCCCCAGAAUGGAGAAUCGAUUGAUUCCUGACGUCCCCAGGCAAGGGCACUGGGGGGUGGGGAGCACUGGUGGGCUGGGCCCGGUUCAGAGACCCGCCAGGUGAGGGAAGGAUUGCAGCUGAUUUCUGGAACUGACCAGAGCCUGCAGAAGUGGCUUCAAUGCCUUGGCCUUGCCCUGCAAAGAUCUCUUUGCUUUCUGAAACCCAUCUUCCCUCAUGCCCCUUACCUGUCCCUGGGGACAUCAUCUUUGGAGCUCCUGGGGAUCGCUGAUGGGGAGAAGUUGGGCAGAGCCAAGGCCCAGGUGGCAGCUGUCCGGAGAAGAAUGUGAACAAGGAUGUGUUUUCUCCUCAGGGAUUCUCUGUGGGACAGCCGGAGAUGGCCCCCCAAAGUGAGCCUGGGGAAGGGUCCCAUAAUAACCAGGAGCGGAUGUCCCCUUCCAGGGAAGACAGCAUGCUGGGCACAUGCUCUGGACACGAGGCCCCCAGACCAGAGGAAGGCGCCCACACUGAAGAAGCUCAAGGCCCCGGCAGAGGAGGCCAGGCAUGCACGCCACAGAAGGCCGAGCCCAUGGGCUCCUGCCCAGGGGAUGAGUGGAUGAUACGGAAGGUGAAGGUGGAGGAGGAGGAUCAGGAGGCGGAAGAGGAGGUCGAGUGGCCGCAGCAUCUAGCGUUACUCCCCGGCCCUUUUCCCGCGCCGGACCUGGGACCUCUGGCCGCUGCGUACAAGCUGGAGCCCGGGCCCCCAGGGGCCCUGGAAGGACUCGCGCUGGCCGGGUGGGCCCCGACCUCGGAGAAGCCCUACGGCUGCGGGGAGUGCGAGCGGCGGUUCCGGGACCAGCUGACUCUGCGGCUGCACCAGAGGCUGCACCGCGGCGAGGGCCCGUGCGCCUGCCCGGACUGCGGCCGCAGCUUCGCGCAGCGCGCGCACAUGCUGCUGCACCUGCGCAGCCACCUGGGCGAGCGGCCCUUCCCCUGCUCCGAGUGCGACAAGCGCUUCAGCAAGAAGGCGCACCUGACCCGCCACCUGCGCACGCACACCGGCGAGCGGCCCUACCCGUGCGCCGAGUGCGGCAAGCGCUUCAGCCAGAAGAUCCACUUGGGCUCGCAUCAGAAGACGCACACGGGCGAGCGGCCUUUCCCCUGCACCGAGUGCGAGAAGCGCUUUCGCAAAAAGACACACCUGAUCCGCCACCAGCGCAUCCAUACGGGCGAGAGGCCCUACCAGUGCGCCCGGUGCUCCCGCAGCUUCACGCACAAGCAGCACUUGGUGCGGCACCAAAGGGUGCACGAGGCGGCCGGCCGCGCCCCCUCCUCUCCCGACGCGCCCGCCUCGCCGGGUUCCCCGGCCCCGUCCCCGACCCCGUCCCCUCCUGGGCCCAAGCCUUUCUCCUGCUCCGACUGCGGCCUGAGCUUCGGCUGGAAGAAGAACCUCGCCACGCACCAGCGCCUGCACCGCGGCGAGGGGCGCCCCUUUGGGUGCGACCAGUGCGCGCUGGGCGCUACCGUGGACGCCGCCGCCGCCAAGCCCUUGGUCUGCGCGCCCGGUGACACGCCGGCGACCCAGGGCGCUCCCGCCAGCGAGCGGUCCUCCUGCGCGGACUGCGGGCGCGGCUUGGCCCACGGGCAGCAGCCGGCGCGGCAGCGGCGGGUGCACCCGGGCGAGCGGCCCUUCGCCUGUGCGCAGUGCGGCCGCCGCUUCGGCUCGAGGCCCAAUCUGGUCGCGCACUCCAGAGCCCACAGCGGCGCCAGGCCUUUCGCCUGCGCGCAGUGCGGCCGCCGCUUCAGCCGCAAGUCGCACCUGGGCCGCCACCAGGCGGUGCACACGGGCAGCCGGCCCCACGCCUGCGCCGUCUGCGCCCGCAGCUUCAGCUCCAAAACCAACCUGGUGCGCCACCAGGCCAUCCACACCGGCUCCCGCCCCUUCUCCUGCCCGCAGUGCGGCAAGAGCUUCAGCCGCAAAACGCACCUGGUGCGGCACCAGCGCAUCCACGGCGAGGCCGCCCACGCGGCCGCCGACUCCGACCUCUCGGCCACUGCCUGGCCCACGCCCUCAGAGGCAGCGGCGCCCCCCCUCUUCUUCUGAGCCGUGCUCUCUCCAGGAGCCUUCUUUGGCUCGCUGGUUGGAGAGACCCGUGCCCGACAUCUUCUGGGCGGUAAGCACGACGGCCUGGGCCCCGAUGGCUGUUCUCUGCCCUCUUUAUCUUGCCGGAGAGGAAGAAGUCUGGGCAGGAUGACCAGCUUUGGCAUUCUGUGACAAAGACAAUGCUAAGAGUGAGCCCUUGCUGGGAACGUGAGUCCUGGAAAGAAUCCCACCAAGAGACCCCAUCAGAAAGCAGACAUUUGUUUUCUUGGACCCCAGCCUGCCAAGGACGGGCUGGGUCAGGAGCCUUUCCAGGGGGAGUGAAAAGAAUGAGUAUGUGUGUACUUAAAGUGUCAUUAAAAUCAAAAUCUGAA